UUUUCGUUCAUUUCCAAGUCGCCAUACUUUUUUGGCUGCGUUUACAAAAAACUUUUUCUCGCGACUCAUCAGCAGAUCAGAUUUGUGUAAUAAUCGACUAUCUAUCGUUUCUGGUGUUCCUCAAAAGUAAUCGGAACUUAUCAAUUAGUCGACCAUGGAUGAGGAGUACGAUGCAAUUGUACUCGGUACGGGACUGAAAGAAUGCAUUUUGAGUGGUAUGUUGUCAGUAUCCGGAAAGAAGGUUUUACACAUAGACCGAAACAAGUACUAUGGCGGCGAAUCUGCUUCAAUUACGCCUCUCGAGGAAUUGUUUGAACGGUUCGGUGCUGACAAACCCGGCGAGGUGUUUGGCCGCGGACGUGACUGGAAUGUGGAUUUGAUUCCCAAAUUUCUAAUGGCCAAUGGAUUAUUAGUGAAAUUGUUGAUUCAUACGGGCGUUACCCGUUAUUUGGAAUUUAAGUCGAUCGAAGGUAGUUACGUGUACAAGGGAAAUAAAAUAUCGAAGGUUCCUGUCGAUCAGAAAGAGGCACUUUCGUCGGAUUUGAUGGGAAUGUUCGAAAAACGUCGUUUCCGCAACUUCCUUGUAUUCGUGCAAGACUUCAACGAAGAGAAUUCAUCCACUUGGAAAGAUUUCGAUCCGACAACGGGUACGGCUCAACAACUGUACGACAUGUUUGGCCUGGACAAAAAUACACAAGAUUUUACCGGUCACGCAUUAGCCCUAUACCGUGACGACGAAUAUUUGAGUGAAUUAGCAACGACAAUGAUCCGUCGCAUCAAACUAUAUUCCGAUUCGUUGGCACGAUAUGGAAAAUCACCGUAUUUGUAUCCGUUGUACGGUUUAGGUGAACUUCCUCAAGGCUUUGCUCGGCUGUCGGCCAUUUAUGGUGGUACAUACAUGCUGGACAAGCCGAUCGAUGAAAUUGUUGUGGGAGAUAAUGGAAAAAUUGUCGGUGUACGUUCGGGCACUGAAAUCGCCAAAUGCAAACAAAUAUACUGUGAUCCUAGCUACGUUCCCGAUCGAGUUCGCAAAAAGGCUCAAGUAAUCCGUUGCAUCUGUCUAUUGGACCAUCCAAUAGCCAACACAAAGGACGCCCUAUCAACUCAAAUCAUAAUUCCACAAAAGCAGGUCGGCCGCAAAUCCGACAUCUACGUAUCGGUCGUGAGCUACCACCACCAGGUGGCCGCCAAAGGUUGGUUCGUCGCAAUGGUUUCGACGACCGUCGAGACCGACAAUCCCGAAGGCGAAAUAAAUCCCGGCUUGGCAUUGCUGGCACCAAUAGCCAAGAAAUUCGUCACCAUUUCCGAUUACUUCGAACCGACCGACAAAGGUUUGGACUCACAAAUUUUCAUAUCGGAAUCGUACGAUGCGACCACUCAUUUCGAGACGACCUGCUUGGACGUUUUGGAUAUAUUCAAGCGUGGUACGGGUGAGGAAUUUGAUUUUUCCAAAAUUAAAUUAGAGACGGGCGAUGAGGGUGAGGAUAAGUAAAGAAGGAAAAAUUUAUGGAAAAGAAAAAUGUUGAAAUUAUAUGUCUCCCCCCACUACAUUCACAAGAUCGUGCAGAAUGAGAGAGAAAAAAAAACAAAAAACUAAAAUUUUGGUAUUAGAAUUCCCUGCGUGCUGUUUGCUUGUAUUGACAUUCUACCGCAUCUACACAUCAACUAGGGCAUUUUCCAAUUAAACAAAUGAGAAGAAAAAUAAAAAUAGAAACAGAAGAAGAUAGCCCAUAACCUUUGUUGUUUCAUCGCAACGAAAACCAGAGAGACUCAGUAAAUUCA